AUGCGAGAAGAGCGAGAGUGGUGGUGGAACCGCCGUCGAAUACGGACUACCCGUCUCAUAGACGAAUGGGCCAUGUUCCGUUCGCCUCUUGAGACAUCUUCGACGGAGAGAUGUACACGGGAGAAGGUUGAUUCAAUCGAGCUUGGUGGGAUUCAGCUGGUGAAGAGGGAUGGUGCGGGCGCGGACUCGUUUGGCGAGGAGCUGACAGGAAAGAGGCCGCUACCGGUUCUUCCCCUUCUUCCCUUUCAGGAGUCCAUAGACUCAAAGGCGCAAGGCGAGGGUCGCGGGCCGUCUGUGGACCUCUCCCGGACUCUAAGGGAGGAGGAGACGGGCUCGAGAAAGAAACUUCUUGAACCAUCGAGCAGAAAGAAGCUAAGCAAGGCCUCGAGGAAGACGAAGGAUCGGGACGUUCGGGGUUCAGAAGCCGCUGUCUUUACGCUUGCGGAUGCAUUGACACACUCUCGGCGCCCUACAGAAUUGGACGAGUAUAAUGCUUCUGGUGGACGAGUGCGAUCGCCUUUUACGUCGUCAUCUAUGCGAUUAGGGAGAAGCGACCCAAGCCCGAGAGUAGAUUUACAUCCGUAUGCUUAUUAA